UGUUCGGCGGCCGCGCUCUGGAAGAUCCCACGCGCUCAGCAGCCCAGGAUGGCCCUGCGGCCGCUAGUUGAGACCGGCCCCCAAGACAAGGUGUACUACCCGCCGGAGAGCUUCCAAAGCAGCCCUCACCACUUCGCAGCUUAUUACACGCCUUUCCAGCCCUACGGCCACUACGCGAACGCCCUUAUCUCUAACGAGGAGGAUUUCCAACCUUUCCGGCAGCUGGAGGCCGCAGUGUCGGCGUCCCAGACUCUACCCCCCUUUGCCUUCCGGACCGCGCCUCCCAACCAGGCCCUACAGAGGGAGCCGCUCUACGAUCUAUCCUGGUACAGUAAGCUGCCAACGUGGUACCCAAUUCCUCACCUCCCGAGAGAGGUGUCACACUUACUCAACAACAGCCGCGAGUAUCCAGGCGCCGGCAAUGAAGACUUGGGCCACGUUGGUGGCCGCAGCGACAGUGGCCAAUAUUGUGGACCCGAAACUUUGUUUCUGCCGCCUCCUGUGAAUGCGUCUUUAUUAUCUGAAGGGCUGAAGUUCUCCCAGUUAUUUUCUUGCUCCCCCAGCAGUCUGUCUGAAGAGGCCCCCAAACUUCUGAACCAAGAGGGGAAGCCGUCUCGUCGUUACCACUUCACCCAGGAAGACCUGCAAUUAGUCUUGUAUGGGGUCAUUCCCAGCCUGGAGCACUCAACUCGUCUGCACCAUGCGAUUUCCGGGCUCUCUGUCCCUGCAGACAGCUCUGGAUCUGAUUCUCUUCCCCAAACUCUGGAUAAAGACUCUGUUCAACUACCAGAAGGUCUCUGCCUCAGGCAGACGAAGUUUGGUGCAGCCCCACAUUUUGGUGUGUUCUGCAGCAGUCUCAUUGCCAAAGGAAUCCGGUUUGGGCCCUUUCAGGGUAAAGUGGUCAACGCCAGUGAAGUCAAAACCUAUGGAGACAAUUCUCUGAUGUGGGAGAUCUUUGAAGAUGGUCAUCUGAGCCACUUUAUAGAUGGAAAAGGAAGUUCUGGGAACUGGAUGUCCUAUGUCAAUUGUGCCCGUUUUCCUAAGGAACAGAACUUAGUGGCGGUGCAAUGUCAAGGGCAGAUAUUUUAUGAGAGCUGCAAGGAGAUCUACCAGAACCAAGAACUCCUUGUGUGGUAUGGAGACUGCUAUGAGAAGUUUUUGGAUAUUCCUGUGAGCCUUCACCUCUCAGAGCUGGGAAAACAGGUGCCUGGGCUAUCUGAAGAAUCUGCAGAAGGUUACAGAUGUGAAAGAUGUGGAAAAGUAUUUACCUACAAAUAUUACAGAGAUAAGCAUCUCAAGUACACCCCCUGUGUGGACAUGGGUGAUAGGAAAUUUCCCUGCUCGCUCUGUAAACGAUCAUUUGAGAAGCGUGACCGGCUCAGAAUCCAUAUUCUUCAUGUACAUGAGAAGCACAGGCCUCACAAGUGUUCGACAUGUGGGAAAUGUUUCUCUCAAUCUUCCAGUCUAAACAAGCACAUGAGAGUCCACUCUGGAGACAGACCCUACCAGUGUGUGUAUUGUACAAAGAAGUUUACUGCCUCCAGCAUACUCCGCACACAUAUCAGGCAGCACUCCGGAGAGAAGCCCUUCAAAUGCAAGUACUGUGGUAAAUCUUUUGCAUCUCACGCUGCCCAUGACAGCCAUGUACGACGCUCACACAAGGAGGAUGAGGGCUGCUCCUGCAGCAUCUGUGGAAAAACGCUCCCAGAUCAAGAAGCAUUCUUCUCCCACAUGAAGUUUCAUGAAGACUACUAACCCUCAGGAGGGAGUUCAGGGACAUUGUGAAAACUAAGGACUUUAUUUUUCUUGAUUAUGGGUGUACUGUAUAAACAAAUGAUAAUAUAUUGAGACAAAAAACAACCAAAACAGAAAAAUAGAAGUAACCUGUUAGCUGAGUUUGUCAGAUUUAUUAACUGAUCUGAGCAGCUUUUACAGAAACAUUUUUCAUAAUUUUCAAUAAGGAUGGUACUUGGGUGAAUUUAAUAGAAAUUGUGAAAGCUGGAUAUUAGUAGUACUUAGGGAUAUGUAAAACUUAACAUAAACCCUGAGAGACACUGCAUUUUAUUUCAGGGGCUGGGAGUAGAGUCUCUAAUUUUGCGAUGAAAAGGGAGGCCUUUUCUCUACUAUUUUCUUUGGGCCCCCAAUUACAAUAUGUGGCCAUCACCUAUUAUAUUUGUUCAUAGAAUAAAUUUUUUAAGAACUCAUUCAAGUCAGAACUUCAUUGGUAUUAUAACUAAGUAUGCAGGCACAAAUUAAUUUCUCAGGGUUAUUUGGAUUCAUUUCUAACCCUUAACUCCCACCUUUCCCCAUCACAUGAUGAAUGUAUGUUCAUAAUUCGCUUAACACCAAACAGAAUUGCUUAGAGGACACAGACAUUACUUAUCCACCCUGCCAUCUGUGACCUAUACCAAAUGGAGGAGAAAAAUUAUCAAAGAAUGGCUAAAAAAUGAUAGGCUAAUUAAUUAAUUAUAUUGCUCUGCUUUUAAAUCUGAUUUCAUUUCUGAGGAGUGAAAUUUUUUCAGGUCUUUCUAAUUAGCUGGUACAUGCGAUUUUAUAGAGUAAAAGGGAAAAUGUGCCAUAUAAGUUAUCAGUGGGUUGCAAGUAUGUGGGGAAUUAUCUUAUUUAAUGUGUGAGGAGACAGAGAGCAGGCGCCUCUCUUGUGGAUGGUAAUAGCCAACAUUUAUUGACCUUUAACCUUAUGAGAUGGUGCCAAUGAGUUCACCACUUUGCAGAUGAGGAAAUGGAGGCUAAAAGCAAGGAAGUGGUGCAGAAAAGCCCAGUCCACCUACUUCGAAACCUAGCCUCUUAAGGACUGCUAUGCUCAACUUAGGAAUCCUGCCGAGGAAAUAGCAUUUUUCUAUGAAGUAGCCCAUUCUUCCCUAUAAUAAGGCAAGCAACAACAUACUUUAAAAUUAUUAAAUAUUCACAUGGAAAACUUGAGACCAGAGUAAGCAACCAUGGCAACUAAGCUAUGUCAUAUCCCUGGCCAUGGUUCUAUAGACUAACAGGAUUUUUCCUUUCUUUAGCCAUGGUUCACAGCUCUCAGAAUCGAGCAAUUUCAAUAUGGAACAGAUGCCCCUUCCGGAAGGAGGCUCCCAGCUGUAGCAGAGUCCUUUGAGACAGAUAUGUAGUGCAGGUGGAAAAGCAGUGACAGAUUUUCCUCCAGGGAAUUCUUUGCUGUGUUGACUAGGCCUGAGUAAUUUAUCCUAAUGGGAAUGUGCCCUGUUGUUUUAGGCCUGUUUUAGUUCAUGUUAAUUAAGUCAGAACAAUGGUCUUUUGAAAAGAUUGGGUCUCAUCCUGUAAUUAGGCAGCCUUUCUUUUGACUGCUAGUUAAAGAUAUAUUUCUUACUGUUUAUGGGUUUGAACAUUAUUUUAAAAAUAAAUAGUAAAGCAAGACAUCAGGAACUGGUGUGAUA